AUGGCGGAUGGUGAAACAAAAUAUCCACUGGGUUCACCAUUACAGCAAGUACAUAUGUGUGAGGAACACGAUUCAAUCAUUGACAUUCUGUGUGAGGAUUGUUAUGCAUUUAUUUGUUCUGUCUGUGCAAGAUUGAACCAUAAUGAUCACAAAUGGGUAACUCAAGCCACGGCAGCUUUACAAAGAAGAAGAGGACUCCAUGAAUAUCUUUGUAGUAUAAAGGAAGAAAAAAUAUCAAGGAUUGACGAAGACAUACAGAAGAUGGUGUCACAGAUCGAAGAAAAUGAAAACAUUUGUGAUGUUCAGAUAAAAGACUUACAGGAGCAUUAUAAUGAAAUCAUAUUCAAGCUAACAGAAAUCAAGAAAAAUCAAGAACAUAUACUGAAAGACAAACUAUUCAAAACGAAUGAAAAGGUAAAGAAUGCAAAAUAUCAGUUAGAAAAGAAAAAGAAACUUAUGAUUGACAUGGUGGAAUUCAUGGAGAAAAACAAUACUUCCAUGUCUGAUUUCAGCUUGAUUGACAAUCACAAACAACUUAAAAAUUUAUUGUUAGAAAUGGAUACAUAUUUUAAUAAUUGUGUUCAUACAACAAAGUACAAUAGAGGAGAAUAUAAGCAGGAUAUAUUGUAG